AUGGCUACAUUUAUUUGCUAAGUACUGCGCAUGAAGGAUAUUCCAGUUGUCAGUGCUUUAAAAUUUAAGUACGAGUAUAGUAAAUUUAUUAACACAGGUGAUAUUAAUUCAAUCACAUUAGUGGAUGAGGAUAAAAUUGGAGUUGUUGAUACAUCUGAAAUGGAAAAUAGAUUUAUGAUUUAUGACAUAAAAAAAUGA